AUGCAGGCAGCUAGGACGAAAGCAGAGGUCCUGUCCCAGAAGGAAAAGCUUGUCAACUCCUACAAUGAGUUACUUCAGGAGUUUUCCUCGACGGACCUCCGAAGCGUCGGCAAUUACUCUCUUGGACGACUGAUUGGCAAAGGCUCCUUCGGCAAGGUCUAUCUCGCAACUCACAAGCUUACGAAUAACUCCAAGGUCGUUCUGAAAUCCUCGGAUAAACACGAUUCGAAUCUUGCGCGCGAAAUACAUCAUCACCGUCAAUUCCUUCAUCCUCAUAUCGCACGACUUUACGAGGUCAUAGUGACGGAGAAUUUGGUUUGGCUAGUGUUGGAAUGGUGUCCGGGCGAUGAACUAUACAACUACAUUUUGAACAACGGUCCUUUGCCCGUCGACAAGGUCCGCCGAAUUUUCGCACAACUGGUCGGAGCUGUCGCAUACGUCCAUAGCAAAUCUUGCGUGCAUAGAGAUUUGAAGCUCGAGAAUAUUCUGCUGGAUAAACAUGGAAACGUCAAAUUGUGCGACUUUGGAUUCACCCGCGAAUAUGAAGGCAAGGCAAGCUACCUGCAGACUUUUUGCGGCACGAUAUGCUAUAGCGCACCGGAGAUGCUCAAAGGAGAAAAAUAUGCGGGAGAAAAAGUCGAUGUGUGGAGCCUAGGGAUUAUACUAUACGCCCUGCUAGCCGGAGAGCUCCCAUAUGACGAAGAUGACGAUCAAGAAACGAAGGCAAAAAUUCUCAAGGAAGAUCCUGUUUUUAGCGACAAAUUUCCAGACGACUCGCAGGCCUUGAUCAAGAUUUUGCUGUCGAAACGACCUCUUUUACGUCCAACAUUGGCUGAUAUCUUGAACCAUCCCUUUCUCGCAGAACAUGGGUUAGAGCAGCAAAUUAUUCUCCAAACUCCACGACCCUCCCCAUUUACGACAGCCCUAGAAAAGACGACUUUGCUACGUAUGAAAAGUGCAGGUGUGAACAUUGACCAGGUCAUAGAGCAUGUUCUAGCGCAACGGUGUGAUGCUCUGGCUGGAUGGUGGGCCUUGUUGAUCGAAAAAGAGGAACGGAAAGAAAAGAAACGCGAAAAAAGAAGAAGAGAGAAGGAGGCCGAGGCUCGUAGCUUGCGCCGCUUGAGCGCUGCCAGCAGCCGGUUAGAAAAGAUCUCCGCCCUUGUUGAGGUUGAUGAGGAGGGUGUUGCAACAGAUACUUUGCAGACAAGGGGAAGAAGAGAUCGUCGCAGUCUACCGAACCCCGAACUUUCAAUCCCAGAAGUCCCAAAAGUACCGGAGGCUUACGCCAAUCUUCCAGCUUUAGAUAUUGCAUUACCGCCGCAGCCGAUUGAUAAGGACUCGAUACGGUCAUUGAGUUCAACUAGGCGACGUCCUCUGCCUCCGCCAAAAGAGAAUCGUCCUUCCCGACCUAGCAUGCUGCAUCUUAGUGCAUCUCAGCCAGAAUUGGCUUCUCACUCUAGCGGUCUCUUUAGACGCCGUACAGGCCGACGCAAUCAACACUCUCUAAUGAGCCAGCUGGCAUCACUCAAACAUUGGAUAGUCGAGUCUGCAAAACGUGCCAAAUCACCUCAUCCCCGAACACCAAAAAGCUCUGGAGGCCUGUCAUCAAAAUCAAAAUCUAGUCCAGGCAAGAACUCGGACACUCAGCACAAGCAGGUAGCUAUAUCAACCACGAAUACGGAUGCACCGCUCAUGACACCGACGCAAAUCAAGCGUUCAUCAAAUGCCAGCAGCCUCGCGCCUAACAGUGCGUCUUAUGCUCAUCACCGAAACUCAUAUGGACGCGCUCCUCGCAGUCAUCGCAACUCACUGUCUCCUGCUCCUCUAACUCCUCGGGGUUCAUAUCGACGCUCAUCCGUUGGUUUGCGCGGGCGUAAAUCAACUUCAUCAUCUGUCUCUUCUGUGAGGAGUAUCCACCACGCCCAUUCACAUUCCAAGGCUUCUUCAAUAUCAUCCAACAGUAUUGAUACCAUGUCCACUCCAACUGCAUCUACACGAAUGAGCCGAUCGCCGCAUACUUCUGUCAAAGUACUUCCUGCUACCCCUAAUGCCAAUUCUCGAUUUCCUAGCAACAUCCGGCUAGUACGCAACCCACCGCAUGCUAUGCGAGAUGCUAAUGAUCCUAACAAUCAUGGCAUUUACUCUGUGUUCAACGAAGCUGUGGCUGGUCCGUCAACAGCACCUUCGCAAUCGCCGGGAUUUAUUUUUGCUCGGCGUAAAAGAACACCGUUCAGGGGGCCAAUGCUUCAUACUAAUAACUUGACGUUUACAAACGGACUCGGGACGCCUAAUCUCUCACCUCCACUUCAAAGAGAGGUUGCGUCAAGUGAAACUGUCAAACCACAUACGCGCAAAAGUCAGAUCAUACUAGAGGAAGACGACGAUAUGGAGGAGGACAUAGAGGAGGUUGACACAUUCAGUGAUCCUGGCGUCACAGAUACUAGUUUUACGGCUAAUGAGCCUGAAAUCGAACCUGAAGAGGAUGGCGAUCAAACAAUAAUUUUUGCGCCAGUUGAGGAGGAAAAUGAGGAAACGAAGACUUUGGGGGAUGUACCUCACGAACUAGCAAUUAAUCCCUCGUCCCCAAUUCCACCACGGACAUCAUCGCUGAACCACCCUGAUAUCCUCCAACCUCAAACGGAGGAGGCCACAGAAGAGCAACCUGCUGUUCUCGAAAUUGAACCUGUGUCCGAACUUAUACCUGUGGCAGAGAUUGCCGAAGCUGUCAAGAUGAUUACACUCGAAGAAGAAACAGAAUCAUCGAAUCAACAUGAUGAAUCAAAGUCAACCGAAGCAAUGAUCGAUGACACAUCUGGAGAGAAGACUCCUACCAGAGCCUAA